AUGCAAUCUCCGAGGGCUAGAUACCGUCGCUCACGAGGAGGAGGCGUAGAAAGGAACGGUCCGUGGAGAAGACCAGAGGGUACCCAGCCACCUUCGCCUCGGCUGGGUCCUGUUUUGGCAAGUAUUGAGCAUAAUGAUCUGGAUCUUUCCGAGGAUAACUGGAAAAUCACCGAUGUCCGUGAUAUUGCAUCGUACAACUGGUUGAAUCGAAAGACUGCCACCGUUAUGAUCCCAGGGAAACCACCUGCCUGGACCCCUUUACCUAAGCCGACAAAACUCAAAGAAGACGCGGGUCAAUACUUUCGUGAUCAGAAUGCCGCCCGAUACCCUUCCCAUCCCUUCCAGCCGGCCAUCGAAGCGGUCUUUGAACAGUAUCCGGACUUCCCCGCCGCUAAAGUAGACAUCGUGGGCUGUGGUAGUACGCUGGGGAAUCUUCUGCGUUUUGCUAGGAACAUCGAUAAAAGGUUUCGAUUUGUUGUGCAAUGUGUCGGAAAGACAGUGUUCCUCAUCCGCAGGGAGAAUUCACCCACUCAAACGAUUGCUGACGUUCGGGGGUACGGUCACACCUUCCCAGAGACUUACACGACUUGGGAUCCAGACGUCCAAGGAUCCGAGUCGCAUCAGCGAAUUAUCCAGUAUUCCCUUGGUGGGCUGAACUGUCUGGUGCGGUUCGAGGGGGAUGGAUAUCACCCUGAUCUGAUUGAUCAGAAAGCCUUAGGAGAAGACGUGAGAAAGCGGAGACCUACUGACAAAGCCGAGGAGACGAUCGAUCAACUCCUAUGCGCGUUCAAUGAUGCCUCAGUCAGUUCCUAUCGCUCGUCCGGCAAGGCUCUGACCAAGGAGACCGGGGGCGGCUACAUUCCUCAGGCAGCUAUAUUUGAUCUCAAAACCCGCUCGAUUCGCAGAAAGGAACAGGACUUCCUAUGGGAAGAGAUGCCUCGCUUAUGGAUCGCCCAGAUUCCCAACAUGGUCCUCGCCUUUCAUCGUUCUGGAACGUUCGAAGAAAUACACAAGAUUGACGCUCGCGAGACGGCCAAAAAGUGGGAAACAGAGGAGGAGCACAACCUACGUAGGUUCGUGGCGUUAUUGAAGAUGGUGGUAGCCUUUGCCAGGGGACAGCCUGAUGGUCGACUGGAAGUGUUCCACGAUGAAGGCAGUCCAAUCUUGGAUCUGAGGGAGGUUGGGGACAAUUUUAAUAACGCUCUACCGGAGGAGGUUGAAGACAGAUGGAUUUUGAACAGUUGA